GAUGUUUACACUCCUGACAGCGGCGGCCGCGGUAGGAGGAGCGGGAGUCGCGGGAGGAUGGGCCGCUGUUAGGCUCGCACUCGGGACGCGCCUCGCCGUGCGCAGGGUGGGGGCCCGCGCCUGCAGCGUCCGCGGGGGCUGUGCGGCGGGAGGUGGCGAUCGGCUCUCGGCCUCGCAGCCACAGCCCCCGGCCCAGCGGGCCUUUCCGCGGCGCCGCCUGGCCGAGCCGCCCGCCCGCCCCGGGUCCCUCGCGGGCAGGAGAACGGAAAACUCCCAACUUCCUGGUACCACAGGAUUCUGGAUUCAGCCAACUGAAUAAAGCCCCAGAGAGUACUGAUAGGUCUUAUUUCAGAGUUCUAAAGUUCCUGUUGCUUCAGACAAUGGAUGAGCAAUCACAAGGAAUGCAAGGGCCACCUGUUCCCCAGUUCCAACCACAGAAGGCUUUACGACCGGAUAUGGGCUAUAAUACAUUAGCCAACUUUCGAAUAGAAAAGAAAAUUGGUCGCGGGCAAUUUAGUGAAGUUUAUAGAGCAGCCUGUCUCUUGGAUGGAGUACCAGUAGCUUUAAAAAAAGUGCAGAUAUUUGAUUUAAUGGAUGCCAAAGCACGUGCUGAUUGUAUCAAAGAAAUAGAUCUCCUUAAGCAACUCAAUCAUCCAAAUGUAAUUAAAUAUUAUGCAUCAUUCAUUGAAGAUAAUGAACUUAACAUAGUUUUGGAAUUAGCUGAUGCUGGUGAUCUGUCCAGAAUGAUAAAGCAUUUUAAGAAACAAAAGAGGCUAAUUCCUGAAAGGACUGUUUGGAAGUACUUUGUUCAACUCUGCAGUGCGUUGGAACACAUGCAUUCUCGACGAGUCAUGCAUAGAGAUAUAAAACCAGCUAAUGUGUUCAUUACAGCCACUGGAGUGGUCAAACUUGGGGAUCUUGGGCUUGGUCGGUUUUUCAGCUCCAAAACCACAGCUGCACAUUCUUUAGUGGGUACACCUUAUUACAUGUCUCCAGAGAGAAUACAUGAAAAUGGAUACAACUUCAAAUCUGACAUCUGGUCUCUUGGUUGUCUACUAUAUGAGAUGGCUGCGUUACAGAGUCCUUUCUAUGGUGACAAAAUGAAUUUGUACUCGCUGUGUAAGAAGAUAGAACAGUGUGACUACCCACCUCUUCCUUCAGAUCACUAUUCAGAGGAACUACGACAGUUAGUGAAUAUGUGCAUCAACCCAGAUCCAGAGAAGCGACCAGACAUCACCUAUGUUUAUGACGUAGCCAAGAGGAUGCACGCGUGCACCGCAAGCAGCUAAAUAUGUGGAGGAUCAUGAAGAACAUAACCAAAAUAAUUUAAAGUAUUUUUGUGCAAAUCAUACCUCCCCGUUUUUGUCUGGGUGUUAAGAUGAAUCUUUCAGAGCUAAUGUGCUUUGAAUCCUUAACCAGUUUUCAUAUAAGCUUCAUUUUGUACCAGUUUAAGUCGCCUUCUUGCAAACCCCAAAUGACUUUGGAUAGUCAGAUUGCAUGUUAGGAGAGUAAAUGAAACUUAAUGGUUUUUAAUGGCUAAAGGUUUUUAGAAUUAUUUAGUUUUUGUUUUUUGUUUUUUUGGGUUUUUUUGCUGAUAAAUUGUGUUCAGAUAGACUCUCAGUGCCAAAUAUUGAAGGUGUAGCUUGGCACUCAUCAAGAUAGACUUGUCACCUGAGGAAAAGUAUCUGAACAUGUGACUUGUUUGCUUUUUCGUCAUUUAUGGACAUUUGAGAUUAACACAAUUGUGAACUUUUGUGAUUAUUUUAUUUUUAAAAGUUUGAAGUAUGUGUUUUAGUUCUUAGCAUUGUAGCUUUCAAAUAUAAUUCUUAAGGUAAAUGUAGACAUAAACUAUUUGAGAAACACUUAAAAUUCUUAGCUUAUACAUUCAAAAUGCAACUCUUAAAUGUGAAAAAAUUGGGGGACAAAAUGUGAGUCAGACACUGAAGAGUUCUUUGCUUUAUUUUGUUUUGUUUUAAUAUCUCUGAUAGUCUCUUUGCAUUACAAUGGUAUAAAUGAAUCCAUUUAAAAAGUGGUUAAGGAUUUGUUUGGCUGGUGUGAUAGUAAUUUUGAAAGUUGCACAUUGCCCGAGGCUUUUUUUUGUGUGUUUUUAUUAUUGUUUGUACUUUUGAAAAAUCUUUGAAUAAUCUUGCAGUACUAUAUUUCAAGUUGUUUAUAAAUUUAAAUUCUCUCUUCAUAAUUGUACACUAUCGUGUAAGCAUGUUUUUAUUCAUAGAUUUUAUUGAAGUUCCAAUUGGUCCCCUUCAGAAAUUUUUUUGUAUUCUUCAAGUUACUUUCUUAUUUAUAUUGUAUGUGCAUUUUAUCCAUUAUGUUUCAGAGUUUCUGAGAACAUAGUACCCUUUAAAAAUAUUUAGUAUACCAAUACUUUUCCUGGAUUAAAAACAUUUUUUUUUAACUUUUUAAAACUUGGGCCACCCUGUAUGUGUGUAUUUUGUCUUGUUAGAGAGGAAGAAAGGAUGUGUGUUGCACUGUACCUGUGAAUGUUGACACAGUUUCAAUGCAUUUGACAGGUUGUAAUUUUAGAAUAUGUUUAAAGCAAUGAAAACUGGCCAUUACCACAGCCAGAAUUUUUAUAAGAUUAACAUUUCUGUUGAGAAGCUUUUAAGCAAAGUACUGUAUUCAUGCAUGAAGAUGACAGAGAUGGUAACGCUUCAUUUAGUUUAAGGAAAUAGGCCGAGUUUAGUAAAUGCUGUCGUGGAGAUGUUUUCCCUGAAUGCCUUCAUGUUAGUGGUGACCACUUCUUCACAGAAUUGUGAAAGCCAAAAGGCCGAGUGGCAGUCACCGUUCAAGGAAGCCACGCCACCCUAUAAAACCGUGGGAUGGAUAAUCCUGCCAACGUGAAAACCUCAUGUUUGGAGAAUACUUACCUUUAGCUGAUGUAACUGCUGGUUUUGUCUUCUCAUAUAAGUAUUUUUCUUACACUCAUUUGAGUACUUUCAAGUCAUUUGUAAAACUUUAUAAGGGAAAAAGCAUAAACUUUUUUUUCUUCCAGAAUGUAAUCAGUUAUGGUGUCUGAAGGGUAAUUUUAUCUUGGGAUAGACAGAGGGCACCUGGGUGGUCCUUUAAAUGAGGGCCAGAUACAUUGUUUUUACCAGAUUCCAGUUACUUACAACUUUUACACUGAGCAUCCAUAGAUUUGUCUCCAGAAGUAUGAACAAGUAGAAUUGUUCUUGUUGACCAUUAGUAUCAUGUUCAUCUUAUUAUAAUAUAAUUGAGAGGAAAUUGUUCUGUAGUUGGAACAGAUAAUCUCCCUUUUUCUUGCAAUCUUUAAAAAUACAUGAAUCUAAAAUUCAUUUGCUUAACCCCUCACAGUGACUAUUAAGCAAAGAUUUAAGCUUUUCUUUUCAGUGAAUCUCUCUGCUAGAAGGAAAUAGCUGAGAAGAAUUUAGUGAUCAGGGAAAUCCGUUAUUAUUUUAUACAUGUGGAAACUUCUUGUUUUGGGUAUUGUAUCUUUUUCCUGUCUAAGUGUUCAUAUUUUUUCCUGAGGAAACCACUGUGUAAACAACAAGUUUUAAUUUUGAAUGAGAUCAUUUCAAAGAAUUAUGAAGAUGAUUAGAAGUUUUAAUUUUUUGUAAUCACCUAUGAAAUAUUCUCUCUCUAUUUCUGUUUAUAAGUAAAUUUUGUACUGAUUAAGUAAAACAUUUGAAUUGAAUUGGGAAACAGUAAAAUGAAAGGUACAUGGGAUUCUAAACCUUAUUUAGACAUUGGUACCAGUUCCCCAGAAGAAAAUGUGGGGUAACUUUGUUUUGUAUGCUGAGGUUUAGGAAUGGUGGAUGAAGGGUAUUCCUAUAUAAAGUGCUCAACAAUGUGCAAUGAUUGUAAAUUUAGUAAGAUAUUACAGCCAUUUCAUGAAUGCUUUACCAUUUUACAUAAUACCUAUUACAAAACACCUUUCUUGUAUCAAUAUACUUCAGGUGUUGCUGUUAACAUUUACAUGAUAUUUAUUUUAACCAAAAUGUUAUUCAUAUUAAAUGUUUUUUCUUUAAAAUGAAUGUAUUAUGUUAUAACCCACAAAUGCGUAAUUAUCCUAUGCCUCAUAUUUCAAUAGUACUGUAAUAUGGACUUCUUUUGUGAAAUACUUUUAUUUUGUUAUGCUUCAGAUACACAUACUAAGAAGAUUCUGUUGUUAGCUUUGAAAAUUGUAUAAUACCCUAAUAUAAAUAAAAAUAUAAAA